AGGCUGAAGACCACCCCGCGGCCCAAGUUCUCUGUCUGCGUUCUUGGAGACCAGCAGCAUUGUGAUGAAGCAAAGGCCGCUGAACUGCCACACAUGGACAUUGAGGCUCUUAAGAAGCUCAAUAAGAACAAGAAGCUGGUCAAGAAGCUGGCAAAGAAGUACGAUGCUUUCCUGGCCUCUGAGUCUCUGAUCAAGCAGAUUCCUCGUAUCCUGGGCCCUGGCCUCAACAAGGCAGGAAAGUUUCCCUCUCUGCUCACCCAUAAUGAGAACCUGGGCACCAAGGUGGAUGAGGUGAAAUCCACCAUCAAAUUCCAGAUGAAGAAGGUUCUGUGUCUGGCUGUGGCCGUGGGUCAUGUGAAGAUGAGUGAGGAAGAGCUGGUCUACAACAUCCACCUGGCUGUCAACUUCCUGGUGUCUCUGCUGAAGAAGAACUGGCAAAACGUCAGAGCUCUUUACAUCAAGAGCACCAUGGGAAAACCACAGCGCCUCUACUAGAGACUCUGUUCCUCAGUUUUCUACAAUAAAUGUGGAGUUGAUCCGAAUCUCA